AUGAUUAUUUAUAAUAAUAAUAGUUAUUUAUUUUUUAAAGUAUGGGGAAUUUACAAUAAUGGACAGUUUCAAAAAAUAUUUAGAUCAAUUAAACAAUUUGAUAAUUAUCAAUUUAAAAAUUAUUUGAAUAAUAUAUUUUUAGAUAUUGGAGAAAAAAGAGAAGAGGAACAACAACUAUCCAAACAAAAUAUCAACAACGAAAAUUAUAAUAGUUAUAAUAGAAAUAAUAUUAAUAAUUUAAUUAAAUUACCAAAAAAUAUAAUUAAAAUCGAAAUUUUUAAAAAUUUUAUAUACAGUAAUUUAAAAACAUCAUUAAAUAAUUAUGAUUUAUCUAGAAUAGAGUGUUUACAGAUUGAUAUUCAUUUUGAUCAAAAUUAUUUUUUAAAAACUUUAAAGCCAUUGGUCCACUUAAAAUCGUUGCAUUUAGGUAUCAACUUUAACUCGCCUAUAACCGCAUACUCUCUACCAAGUAACCUCACCAGUUUGAAUGUUGGAAGCACAUUUAAUCAAAAAAUAGAAGAGAAUUCUUUAUCUGUUGUUCCGUUAAAGUAUCUAGAGUUUGGUUUAAAGUUUAAUCAGCCAUUAGAGAUAGAAGGUUUACUUCCAGAUACCCUAGAAAGCUUAAAGUUUAAUGGCAAUUUUAAUAUGAAUUUAUUAUAUUUGCCAUCAAGUUUAAAAGAACUAUCUUUUGAAAGCUUUAAUCAGCCCAUUGAAUACAAGCAGUUUAAAAGUGCAUCAUCCCUUCGUUAUUUAAAUAUGGGUAAAAAGUUCAAUAAUAUCAUUUCGUCCAAUUCGCUUCCAGAUUCAUUAGAGAUCAUUGAUAUGGGAUCAUCAUUUAAUUGUGAGUUCUUUUCAUUCGAUCUUUUACCUACUGAUAGUCUAAAGAGUAUUCAUAUGGGUGAUAAUUUUAAUCAAAGCAUAGAAUUACAACAGCUUCCACAUACUGUAGAAUCCAUCUGUUUUGGCAACUCCUUUAAUCAACUUUUUGAUGCAAAUGAAUGCUAUGACCAAGACGACGACUUUUACUUUCAUAAUAGCUACAGCAAUUUAAAAGAAAUUGUAUUUGGCAAUAGCUAUAACCAACCAUUUUUAUUUAACUCUAAAGAUAAAACCAUUUUCAAUGGCCUUUACAAUUUACAAUCUAUUGAGUUUGGGCUAUCUUAUAACCAACAAAUACCGGUAAUAUCGUUUUUGAAGCAACUUAAAAAGAUUGUUUUGGGUAAUGGUUUUAAUCAAAAUAUAGCUCCCUACACAUUUCCCCAGACUUUGGAGCACUUGUCAUUCGGUGAUGACUACCAUCAAGAUCUACAAGAAGAGGGUGAAUACAUAUUGCCAAGCAGUUUAACCUAUCUUUCUUUUGGUUCAAGCUUUAGAAGUCCACUAAACCAUCUCUUAAGAAAUCAUUUAACAAACCUUUGCUUCUUAAGAUUAGGGGGUUCAUAUCAACACCAUAUAUCACCAAAUGAAUUACCAAAGUCUUUAAAAACACUCGAGUAUAAAACCAAUUGUUCAGAAAUACCCAUCGAUGCUAUUCCUUUCAACAGUUUAAUAAUUCACCCACAUUUUUAUAAACAAAUCGAAUCAAUACCCCCAUCAGUCACCAAUAUAAAUUUCCCAGAAACAUUAAAAAAACAAUUAGUUCAAGGCUCUUUACCAUCAACAAUAAAGUCUAUUGUAUUCUAUAACUAUUAUUAUGAUUUAGUGCCCAACUCAAUCCCAGGUAAAGUCGAAUCCAUUCAAUUUAAAAGCAAUUAUAAUAGAGAGAUUCAAGAGGGAUCAUUACCCAAUUCAGUAAAAUAUUUAUUUAUAGGCGAUGGUAAUCCAAUACUAAAAUAUAACUCAAUACCAGAUUCAUUAAAAACUAUAUACUGUUAUAAUACAAAUAAUAGAUUUAUAGAAAAUAGCAUAGACAAUAAUUUUUAUCAUUUAUUAAAAAUAAUAAAAAAAUAA